AUGUUGGUGCUGCGGGUGCGUUGCGCAGACGACGGCCGCGAGCUGCUUGUAGAGCGUCAUGGACCCGGCGAGCACAACUGUUUCGUGCUACUUCGAGGACAGAUUCUGGCCGAUCCAGACGUCGUGGACUUGAACGCAUUAAAAGAGUCGGACUUUUUCCUGGUGGACAUGGGCUUCUCGACAGAGUUGGCAGCUCAAGCGUUGCGACAGAGUGGCAAUAAUCUUUUGAACGCUGCUGCAUUGCUAGCAGAGGGAAAAAUGAGCACGGAUUUAUUGCACGAUAAAAAUGUGAGGAAGCUGCGAGAAGUGGCUGCAACGGACUCGUUCCAAGCGUUGCUGCUGUUAAAGGAGAGUUUCUCGUCCGAGACGUUGAAUCAGCUUAAUGAGAACCCGGUGGCGACAUUGCGACUGCUUUCUCUUCCUCUUGUCGCGAUGGGGUUCGCCCAAGAUCUUGUUGAGAUUAUGUAUGAGUCCUGCGGUGGAGAUGAGCAGCUCACGGCAAAUGCUUUGCUGCAGACGUUGGAAUCUUAA